AUGUCCGCUCCCACCCCCUCGUCCUCCUCCCUCCGCCCCACACCCGCACCCUCACCUUCAAACCCCACCACUCCCUCUCUGCCCAGCACGUUCCACUCCCCCGAGCACAGGCGCGUGCUCACAGAGAGCAGUUCCCGCCUGCUCACCCCUCCAUCGCGGGAGAAGUCUGGCUCUGGCCCCGGAUCCGGAUCCCCUGCCAACCCAGGACAUAGCGCAAGUGCAAAGCCUAUCACUCUCGAUGUCCUCCUGGCACUGCAUUCCUCGGCUCAAGACCCGAUGCAGGCGGCGCUUGACCAGCUUUUGGUGGAGAGGAACUCGCUGGCUUCGCAGAAUGCCCAGCUGUGGAAGCUGAUUGAGAGAGCGAGGAUGACACAGCGGAGCUUGGAGAGGGACUGUGAGCGGUUGAGAGGAGAGAGGGAUAGGGCCGUGGGGAGGGAAAGGGAAAGAGAGCGCAGGGAGAAGGAAGGGAGGGCGAGCGAGGAGAGCGAGCAUCUGCAGGAAGAUGCCCCGUCUGCUGCUAACGUGAAGGGGGAGGACGCGCCGAGGACCGCCGCAUCGGCGCCUCCGGCACUGACGACGAGCACUGCGUCUCGCUCAUUGGCGGCCGUGGGGGCGACGACAGGGCAGAUAUCGCCUGUUUCCCCUGUGCCUCCUACGUCUGGACCGAGCACGGCUCUUUCCUCCCUGCCUACCCAGAUGACACCACCUGCGCCUGCGCCUACGCCGGCAACUUCACGAUUCGCUGCACCCCCGGUCCCACCGACUGUAGCCUCGCAGCCUCAACCCUCUCAGAUCCAACCCCCCGCUCCAGCUCAGCUCCCACCCACGCAACCCCCAGCAGCACCAGCCCAACCUCCUCUCCAACCUCCUCCCCAAACCCAAAUUCAAACCCAAACGACAGCUCCUCUGGUACUUAAACAACGCCCGCCUGACCCAUCUCCUCUUGGCCCAGCAGCGGUGCUCGUUUCCGCCCCGUCGCCUGCUACGCCUACGCGGAGUUCGUCGCUCCCUUUCGUGUCGCCGGGUCAGCUUGCCCCGCCUGCGCAGCUCGUACAGCAGGUACAACCUAUCCCGCCCUCCCAGCAUAUCCAACCAACCUCCACCCAACCACAGCCUAUCCAGCCUCUCCAACCCGUCCAACCCCUCGCACCCGUGCAAUACACCCACCCACCCCGCCCCUGGGCUCCAAACCCCGACUUCUCACAACCCUCAACUCCCUCAACAUCGUCCUGCUUCGUCCCCGCUCCCACACCUCCAACACCAGCAGCAGCCAUCGCAGCCGGUCUCGUGCCCCUCCCCUCCCCAGCAGCGUCUAUCCGCGCCACUGCCUCUGCCUCCGAACCUGAUAGCCCCCUAGACCCGGGGACGCAGCAUCUUCUUAUCCCCUCUUCUGCCGCUCCUGUUGCCCCUGGCCCUGGCACUGGCCCUGGGGUUGGGGCUGGACAACCACAGAGCCCGAAAAGAGGAACACCGAACGUCAAUGUCGUUCCUCCUACUCCUGCGCCGGCGCACAUGCACACACUUUCCCGACCUGAGGAAAUACCGGUGCUGCCCGCGAUCUUUGCCCGAGACCGGGAGAGGCCGGAUAAGGAUAAGGAACGAGAGCGAGAGCGAGAGAAGGACAAGGACAAGGACAAGGAGAGGGAUCCCCCAGUUCUAGGGAACGUGCAGCCCCAACAACAGCUGCGCCAGCAUUCCCCCUCCCCUGGCCCUCUCUCCCCUACAUCAACAUCAACCCGCAGCGUCCAGCAGGCCCAACAACAGCCGCAGCUCGUCCCCGCCGACUUACCCCUCACGACCGUGCUCAUCUCCCACUCCUCGAUCCGGGCUAACGAUAGGGGCAAAGACGUCCUCUCAUUCCACAUUGCUGUUUCCCCACCUCCCUUCCUCACUCCUUCCUCGCGCGACCCAGUGCCCGAUCGCGGCAGCCCUAGCAGCUCCGCCUCAGAGCCUGGCGUCGGGCUGGGGAUAAGGGACGCCCCGGCCCAGAGGCAACCAUGGGCUGUCGAGAAACUCUACAGCGACAUCCUCGCUCUCGACACCAAGGUGCGCUCCGAGCUCGGAAGGACGAUGCAAAAGAAGCUCGGUCCGUUACCGGAAGGCAAGGCUUUCCGAGAUCAUGCGCCCGUGAAGAGUGACCAGAGGAAAGCGGCGCUGACGGCUUACCUCCAGGCGCUGCUCACUUUCCCCCUGAGCAUCGACACGCGCCGCGCGAUAUGUGUGUUCUUUACGAGUGACUUUACUAGGGCUCGAGCGACGAGUGGGGCGGUUGGAGGCGGGGUCGUUAGGGAGGGAUAUAAGGAAGGGUAUUUGACUAAGAGGGGAAAGAACUUUGGAGGAUGGAAGACGAGGUACUUCGUUCUUGGCGGCAGGGUGUUGGAGUAUUAUGAGAGUAGAGGAGGCGCCCAUCUAGGCUCGAUCCAAUUACAAAACGCAAAGAUCGGCCGGCAACAGCGAGCGACCGCUUCUUCCAGCUCUUCCUCGCUCGCGUUAUCCCGGGAAACUACGUCCAGCACUACCGGUCCGAACCCGAACAACUCCGACUUGGAGGACGAGAACGCCUACCGGCACGCGUUCCUCAUCAUCGAGCAACGCGAGGGGAAGGCGCCGGUCAAACAUGUCCUCUGUGCGGAGAGCGACGAAGAGCGGGACUCGUGGGUCGAGCAUCUGGUCCGGUACGUCGGUCCUGCCGGCCCCGUCAGCAUCGUAUUGGAAGAGGAUGGUGACCCGCGCUCGAGCACGGAGAUAAGGUCACGGAGCAAGAUCAUGAGCAAGGAUGAGAUCUCGGUGUUUCGUGCCGCUCCCGUGCCGAUCUCACAGCUUGUCCCAGACGCGGAGAACGCUAAGCUCUUCCGUGUUGCUCCUCCUCCGCCUUCACCUGGCCCUCCAGGCCCCGUACCCCCAGCUGUGGCGCAGCUCGCUGCUGGCCCGCAUAUUCCUGGCUACUCGGGCCCGGACUCGCCUCGCUUGCUCAGUGUGUCCGCCAGCGUGCCCAGCACGCUCGACACCAUCCAGGGAAUGCCGAGGAGCAACUCUUCCCUCGGCACGUACUCUGACGGUUCUUCGCGGGCGAUGCCCCCCGACCAGCGGGUGCACAAUUUGACCACCGCCGCUUCCCGCUUGACGAAUAGUCAGAACCUGACACCGGGCAAGAUGCGCGAAUCGGGCAUCGCUCCUUCGGCUUCGCAGCGUACUGUGACCGGCUCUGCGAGCAGCAGUACACUCCUUGGGGAACCGCAAGGGAGUGAUAGGGAGCGAAAGGCAAAGUCUGGCCGAUUCUGGAACUUUGGAAGAAGCAACGAUUCUAAGGGGUCUUCAUCUUCUGCCAGUCAGCUGGGGAUACCUGUGGGUGCUCCUGCCCACGCGGUGUUUGGCGUCGCGUUGCAGGACAGCCUCUCUGUAGCCAGUAUCGCCAACCUCCCUGCUGUCGUCUUCAGGUGUAUCGAGUACCUGGAAGCCCGUGGUGCGGAACGUGAGGAGGGUAUCUACCGGUUGAGUGGAAGCAGCGCUGUGGUCAAGGCCCUCCGAGAGCGGUUUAACGCUGAAGGGGACGUGGAUCUUGUCAAGUGUGACGAGUACUGGGACUUGCACGCUGUUGCUGGCUUGCUCAAAGGGUAUUUGCGUGAAUUGCCUACCAGUGUGCUUACGAGGGAACUACAUCUGCGGUUCUUGGCUGUCAUCGGUGUGUUUGAUCAUUUUCCACUUUGUAUUUCCCACCCAUCCAGUGCUGUAGAUCUCAUGGACGCCCAAGAACGCAUAGCAGAACUCGCAUCUUUGAUCGCCGCACUGCCCCUGCCGAAUUACUCUCUCCUCCGCGCUCUGACAGCGCACUUGAUCCUGAUUGUCCAACAUUCACAGGAGAACAAGAUGAACAUGCGCAACGUUGGCAUCGUUUUCUCCCCCACACUUGGCAUUCCGGCUGGUGUGUUCAGUCUCAUGUUGGCCGAGUUCAACCACGUCUUCAGUGUGGGAGGCGAAGACGAACCUGACGCAGAUGAAGACGUCGUGGAGGCAGACACCCUCGGAGCCUCAGAGUUCGGCGAAGACAUCGAGUAUAAACCGAGAGUCAGCGGCGAAGGUGGCACCCCCCGAUCCAGGAACUCGAGAAGCUAUGCAAGUGGUGCGGCGGACCAGCUCCUGGGUUUGUCUGGCAGAUCUCUAAAACCGGAAGUAGCGGAUCUAGAUGAAGCGUCCGACUCGGACCAGAUCAGCAAUGAAGGGUCUGGCACGGAGACGGAAGACGCUGAUGUCGAUAGUAUCAGUCUACAAGACGGCCGCUCGACGUCAGAACAGAGCACAGGAGACGAGAAAAGCACCAUCCCGAUGCCAGGCUCUGCGACGCAAGCGAUGUUUGACGUGAAUCAGACACCGACUCAGGCCCAGACGAACGGAAACGGCUCAAGGGCACGUAAGGUGGCAAACGCGAGGGGCCUGCAGCUGGCACCACCUGGCCUCCAAGCCGAUCUGCGACCAAUGGGCAAGGUAGGUCUGCCAGUUUCGCCCCGCCCUCCGCUACAGAAGUCCCCUCGACCAUGAAUACCCGAGUUUCUACUCAAUAUACCCCGCAUGAAUGUUCUCACAAGAUACCCGGAACAAUCUCAGCUUGUUACGACUUUGCUCCUCUGUUUUUCACCUUUUAUCUGUUUCUAACUUCUAUUGGAUCGGCACACGGCGAUACCAUACCAUACCUUAUUCUCCUUCUGUCUCGAGCAUCGUUUGCAUCGCUCGUAGCCUGUUAUU